UCAUGUGACCAAGUAUGGAGGCGUCGGCAAGGAGUAGCGUCAUUCGGUGAAAACACAGGGACUGCAAACAGAUACAUAUAAACAGCAUUAACCAAGCGACACUGGCAUUAUACGCAAAUUAUCUAUUAUAACAGUGAAAUGAGGGUAAUAUGGGGGCCAAGGAGUCACGGAUAGGAUUCCUCUCGUACGACGAGGCCGCCAAGAGAGUUACUGAUGUAGAGCUCAAACGGCUGAAAGAUGCCUUCAAGAGAACCAGUGGGCUGUCUUGCUACAUGAACCAGCAAGGCUUCAUCAGAGAAGUGCUGGGAGAUGUGGUUCCACCCAAGGUUGCAGAGGUAAUCUAUAAUUCAUUUGGUGGCACAUCGAAAGGACUUCAUUUUAACAACUUAAUAGUGGGUUUGGUCUUACUAACGAGGGGAAGAGAUGAAGAGAAGGCUAAAUACAUUUUCAGCCUCUUUGCCAGUGAAUCGGGCAACUAUGUUGUUCGUGAGGAGAUGGAGAGCAGGCUCCGGGCUGUGGAUGGAGAAGUGCCCCCUUCACUGAGGAGGUGCUUCACUGAGGGGGAGAAAGUAAAUUAUGAGAAGUUUAAGAGCUGGUUACUGCAGAACAAAGAUGCGUUCACGUUUUCUCGCUGGCUGCUCUCCGGGGGAGUGUGUGUCACUCUUACCGAUGACAGUGACACCCCCACCUUCUACCAGACACUGGCCGGAGUCACACACUUAGAAGAAUCGGAUAUCAUCGACCUAGAGAAGCGCUACUGGUUAUUGAAAGCUCAGUCAAGGACUGGACGCUUUGAUUUGGAAACGUUCGUCCCUUUAGUCUCACCUCCCAUUCAUGCAUCUUUAAGUGAAGGUCUAUUCAACGCGUUUGAUGAGAACCGCGACAAUCACAUCGACUUCAAAGAGAUCUCCUGCGGGCUCUCGGCAAGCUGUAGAGGGCCUUUGGCAGAGAGACAGAAAUUUUGUUUCAAGGUGUUUGAUAUCGACCGGGAUGGGACUUUGUCCCCAAGUGAACUUGAGGAAAUGGUUGCUGCGCUUUUAGAGGUCUGGAAGGACAACCGCACAGACACAAUCUCUGAAUUGCACACUGAUGUAUCAGAAAUUGUUGAAGACAUCUUGAAAUUGCAUGAUACCACUAAGAUGGGACAUUUGACCCUUGAAGACUAUCAGAUAUGGAGUGUAAAGAGUGCCCUUGCCAAUGAGUUUCUCAACCUCCUGUUUCAGGUGUGCCACAUAGUUUUGGGUCUGAGACCUGCAACUCCAGAAGAGGAGGGUCAGAUUAUUAGAGGAUGGCUAGAGAGAGAAAGCAGACAUGGACUGCAGCCUGCACAAAACUGGUUCCUCAUUUCAAUGCAGUGGUGGCAACAGUGGAAGGAAUAUGUCAAAUAUGACAAUAAGCCAAUCGUGGUUGAGCAGCCCUGUGUCCUUGGUGGAGGAAAGAGCCCAGCAGCUGCAGUGGAGCAAGGGGAGGACAAGGCAGGAAUAAUACAUUCCUACAGUUCCUCGGAAGAAAAGUUUUCUGACAACAUUUCCACAGCAUCAGAGGCCUCAGAGACGACAGGCAGUAGUUUAAUUCUGUCCAGUGCCGCUGGAGAUGUUUGCUUUGCUAGGCAGCCCAAUUCAUCAGACAACAACAACCAGUGCUUUCUGGGGGACAACGGGAACAUGUUGUCACAGCUUUCUCCCCAGAAACCAGGAGCCAUCGAUAACCAACCGCUAGUCACCCAAGAGGCUGCCAAGGCUCCUACUUUAACUAUGGAAGGGGGGCGAUUAAAGCGUUCUCUGCAGUUGAUUCAAGGUAGAGACUAUGAGACAGUACCUGAGCCUGUGUGGAGAGCACUCUGUCAUUGGUAUGGAGCCAACCUUAGUUUACCUCGGCCGGUCAUUAAACACAGCAGAAGUGAGCAGGCAGAGCUGGAACUGUUCCCUCGCUACCUGCUCUUCCUGCGACAGCAACCUGCUACACGGACACAGCAGUCCAAUAUCUGGGUCAAUAUGGGUAUGAUGAGCCUGAGAAUGUUUCCUCAGCAUGUCCCCAGAGGAAAUGUACCUUCUCCCAGCGCUCCGUUAAAGCGAGUGUUAGCAUACACAGGCUGCUUUAGUCGAAUGCAAACCAUCAAAGACAUCCAUGAAUACCUGUCCCAGAGACUUCGGAUUAAAGAGGAGGACAUGCGGCUCUGGCUGUACAACAGCGAGAAUUACCUGACACUUCUCGAUGAUGAAGAUCACACCUUAGAGUAUUUGAAAAUCCAGGAUGAGCAGCACUUAGUAAUCGAAGUUCGGAACAAAGACAUGAGCUGGCCUGAGGAGAUGUCAUUCAUAGCAAACAGCAGCAAAAUGGAUCGACAUAAAGUUCCAACUGAAAAGGGUGCUACAGGAUUAAGUAACUUGGGAAACACAUGUUUUAUGAACUCCAGUAUCCAGUGUGUCAGUAACACACAGCCACUAACCCAGUACUUCAUCUCAGGGAGGCACCUCUAUGAGCUCAACAGGACAAACCCAAUAGGAAUGAGAGGCCAUAUGGCAAAAUGCUACGGUGAUUUAAUACAAGAGCUUUGGAGUGGAACUCAGAAGAAUGUGGCCCCACUAAAACUCAGGUGGACAAUAGCAAAGUACGCACCAAGAUUUAACGGUUUCCAGCAGCAGGACUCUCAAGAACUCCUGGCGUUCUUACUGGAUGGUCUUCAUGAGGACCUGAACCGAGUUCACGACAAGCCGUAUGCAGAGCUUAAAGACAGCGAUGGACGCCCGGACUGGGAGGUGGCAGCUGAGGCCUGGGAGAAUCACUUGAGGAGAAAUAGAUCGAUCGUGGUGGAUUUGUUUCAUGGGCAGCUCAAAUCUCAGGUCAAAUGCAAAACCUGUGGACACAUCAGUGCACGAUUUGAUCCUUUCAACUUCCUGUCUCUGCCCCUACCAAUGGACAGUUAUAUGCACUUAGAAAUCACAGUGAUCAAACUAGAUGGUUCCACCCCUAUGCGAUAUGGUCUGCGUUUGAAUAUGGAUGAGAAGUACACCGGUUUGAAGAAGCAGCUAAGUGAGCUGUGUUGUCUGAAACCUGAACAGAUCCUACUGGCAGAAGUGCAUGGCUCAAACAUAAAGAAUUUCCCACAGGACAAUCAGAAGGUGCGUCUCUCUGUGAGUGGAUUCCUGUGUGCCUUUGAGAUUCCCGUCCCUGGAUCACCUACAUCUGUUUCUUCUCCUGUACAAACAGAACUCCCCUCAUUGGCUAAUGGAAUACCUACCAUAAAUACCAAUGGAAUCCAUUCCCAACCAAAGCUGAUUCCGAACGGAAUGCCCAGUACUGUGGUACCAUGUGGAACAGAGAGGAUCACUUUCAAUGGCCAGGUGACAGCACUUCCGGAGAGUCCUUUUAUAGGAUACAUCAUUGCAAUUCACAGGAAAAUGAUGCGGACAGAAUUAUAUUUCCUGUCAUCGCAGAAGAAUCGACCCAGCCUUUUUGGAAUGCCACUAAUAGUGCCCUGUACUGUCCACACCAGAAAGAGGGACCUGUACGAUGCAGUGUGGAUUCAGGUCUCUCGCCUCGCCAGCCCACUGCCCCCACAGGAGGCCAGCAACCAUGCCCAGGACUGUGAUGACAGCAUGGGCUAUCAGUAUCCCUUUACUCUCCGUGUUGUCCAGAAGGAUGGAAAUUCUUGUGCUUGGUGCCCUUGGUAUAGAUUCUGUAGAGGCUGUAUGGUUGACUGCAGUGAAGACAGGGCUUUUGUUGGGAAUGCAUACAUUGCUAUAGACUGGGAUCCCACAGCACUGCACCUGCGCUAUCAGACUUCACAAGAAAGGAUUGUGGAGGAGCAUGAAAGUGUGGAGCUGAGCAGACGUGCUCAAGCAGAGCCUAUUAGUCUGGACAACUGCUUGCGAGCGUUCACCAGCGAGGAGUUGCUGGGGGAGGAUGAGAUGUAUUACUGCUCCAAAUGCCAGACCCAUCGCCUAGCCACCAAGAAGCUGGACCUCUGGAGGCUGCCACCCAUACUGAUUAUUCACUUGAAGCGCUUCCAGUUUGUGAAUGGUCGCUGGAUCAAGUCCCAGAAGAUCGUGAAGUUUCCUUGUGAACAGUUUGACCCUGGAGCCUUCCUAGUGCCGCGGGAUCCAGGUCUGUGUCAGCACAGAGAAGUCACUUCUCAGGGAGACGAUCAGCCCGAGACAAAGAGAUGUGAGAUUAGUGCUGUGCACACAACUGGAACCGGGGAUGGACUGGGGGCUGGGCCCCAAACACUCAACGCAGGAUUUUUAAACAACAUCAAAGCCUCUCAGUCAUCUGGAAAGAAAUCCAAUAUCCCAUCAAGCAGGAGCAGCCCGUGCAACAGUCCUAAAAACCAGGGACGAGGCAAAGGCAGACUGCGUUUGCCACAGCUGGGAGGCAAAACUAAACUGUCAAGUAGCAAAGAAAGCUUGGACAUGAGAAUGGAGAGUGGCUCUGAGCUGGAGCAGACAGCCUCUUCUGACUUGGAGGGGAGUUUGAGUGAAGGCAAUGCUGAAGAGCUGUUGCACGAGGAGGGAGCCGACAGGGUUCUGCUGAAUGGACUGGGACAUGAGAAGCAGCACAAUGACUGCAGUGACCAUCAUCCACACAGCACUGACCACCAAAGAGAUCAAGCUGCUCUGAAGCCUUUGUACAACUUGUAUGCAAUUUCAUGCCAUUCAGGAAUCCUGGGGGGAGGCCACUAUGUGACAUAUGCCAAAAACCCAAACGAUAAAUGGUACUGUUUCAAUGACAGCAGUUGUAAGGAAGUGCAUUGUGACGAGAUAGACACAGACUCUGCCUACAUUCUCUUCUAUGAGCAGCAGGGUGUAGACUAUGCACAGUUUCUGCCAAAGACCGAUGGCCAAAAAAUGGCGGACACAAGCAGCAUGGAUGAAGAUUUUGAAUCUGAUUACAAGAAGUACUGUGUUCUUCAGUGAAAGAAAGUAAAAACAUGCUGAUAAUGUAUGAACAUCACUGCUAAACAAUACCCUUAAAGACUGGAGUUUUUACAAUUGAUUAAAAAAAGAAAAAAAUCGAUUUGAAAAAGAAGCUUCAUUAGCUAUCGCAAUGCUUAAGCACAAAAAAAAAAUCAUCAGUUUAACAAACCAGUAGAAGUUAAUUUUAUUCAUCGCUGUUAUUAAACUGGUACUUUCUAGCCACACAUGAUGGUAAACUACACAUACUGCUCUAUACUGUACUGCAUACGAACAAAUCUAUCCUGCAGAAAGCACUUUACAAGACACCUGUUCUAAAUUGAAAUACUAAAGUGAUACAGAAAUAUUAUGAUACAUUAUCUUACUUGGUUGAAAUCCAAUUGGUCUGAAAUGCUUGCUUAGUGCAAAACCUUUUUUCAACAUAUUAUUGCUUCUGCUUGUAUAGCUACAGUUUGGUUUAAAGGUUUUUGAACACAUGUUUAUGACAUUGUAAGUAGAAACCCUGAUUGCUACCUCAAUAUUCUUGCAGUGUACUGGCUAGCCCUAACAGUAGCAUGUUUUCAACUGCAAAGCUAAACAAUUUCUGACAGUAAUAAACGUGUCCUUUUCUCAUAAUGCUUGUAGUUCUUAGAAUGUGUUUCCCUUCACAGUGGAAGGUCUACAAGUAAAGUUUGUGCACUUGCGGUUUUCAGGUUAAAAUGUGUGAAGAUGAAUACAAAAGACCCACAUUGAGACCGAUGCAUUUCUAAAUCCAUGAGGUAGAUAUAAAGUGUUACACAGAAAAUGGAUCUUAAUUCUUAGUUUACUGCUGGUUUGGCUGCUCCACCUUUCUUCAUUUGUAGGCUCAGUGGCAAAGUUGUUUAGGGUGGGUGCCAUAUACCAAGUAAUACCAGCCACUUUUUUCGUUUUACUGUUUUUUUGUUCUUUUUUUAAAGGUUAAAAUAAGAUGCAUUUGCCUGCAUUUCCUAUCUUCAGUAGUUAUCUAGUAUGAUUUAUUUGAAUUUUAAUGGGAAUGUUCUUUGUGCCAUAUCAUUGAGCACUCUCAUUUUAUGGAAAAUAUAGGCUUUGUUGAUUUAAUUUAUUAUUAUUUUUAAAGAUGUAUUAUUUUGAUCAGUUUAGGAUUUUAUUGUGAUACUUGGCUUGUAUAUAAGUUAAAAAAAAAACAUUUUACAUCCUUCAACCAGGAAUAGAAUUCAAGUUUAACUAGCUUUCUGCAUUUUAAAAUAUUAGCAGAAUGGUUCAGUAUGGUUAACUGUGCUUAUGACAUGUCCUCGAGCUGAUGACAGCAGCAUUAAUAGAUCUGCUUUAUGCAGUGAUUAUUCUUUUUCAUGGGAGUGAAUGGAUUGGUGGUGAUGGAGGGUCCCUGUGAAAGCACGCUCUUCUUGUUUUGCACUGUUGAACUGCUGCAGGACGCUAACAGCUAGUUCAGAUGCACAGAGUCUGCUGAGAGACUUGGGAGUCACCGUCUAUAACAACUAAUAAUAACAGAAACCUCCAGCUGCACAUUUUGGGUAUAUUCUUGUAGUUGGAUUUGAAUUGCUUGCCAAAAUACACAUGCCCCCCCAUUUAAACUAUCAGCUUUUUAUUCUUCUUGGAAAUGCCUUUAUAUAUAGUUUAAAAUCACUUUAUUAUUUCCCAUUCAAUAUUUAAUAAAUGAAAGAUUUAGCCAGAACUGUCUAUAGGUUUGUAUGCAUCCCACUACAACAUAUGCAGGCAUAUCCAGGAUUUAUAAAAGGUUAAGGACAAAAUGUAACAAACGCCAUAUAUAUGAUAACAUUGCAAAGACAUAUGUGUAGUACUAUCUGUGUGUUUAAAAUAAUGAACCUGAAACUCACAAGCUCAUUUGUAUUGUUACAAGGCAUUGUGUAUUUAUCAUUUCUACAGAAUUGUUUCUUGUGUCUUUUUUUAUUUUAUUUUUUUAAUGGAUAUGUCUUUAACCAAUGUACAACUAUAUUUCUAAUAUUCCUAUAACGGUACUGAUUAGGAACCUGAUAAAGAUGUUUUCC